UCAUAUUACAUGUUGAAUGCCUGACAUACACUUCUGCUUGACUUGGUUUGUUUUGUAUAUAGGAAUAGCUGAUCUCUUCAUUUACAAGGACUUUGGGAAUCUAAAUGUGCAGAUUUUAAGCUCAGUUAAGUUUGAUUGUUUUCUAUUGAAAGGAUAAACUCUGUAAUGUGAAAAUUGAUUUUUCUAAGUGGAACAGUUUUCUCCUCUACUAGAACUGCAAGUUUUCAAUGUGGUCUUCUGAAAUGGAUGAUAAAUAUACAUCCAAGCUGUCUCCGGCUUUAGACUAUGGAGCAGGAACGUUUCUGAUAGUAAUCGCUGUCCUUUCCAUUCUGGGCAAUGGUGCUGUCCUCGCCACUGCUGUAAAGAGGUCUUCAGUCCUGAAGGCGGCUGAGCUUCUCUCUGUCAACUUGGCUUUAACAGACAUUGGAAUGGCUCUCAGCAUGUAUCCUCUGUCCAUAGCCUCUGCCUUCAAUCACGCAUGGGUUGGCGGUGAUCCGUCCUGUAUCUAUUAUGGCUUAAUGGGCUUUUUUUUCAGUGUGGCAAGCAUCAUGACUCUGGCAACUAUGGCUGUGGUGAGAUACCUUAUAACCAGGACACCUCGAACUUCAGCACUCUGGGCUUUGCUUCCUGUGUUAGGAUGGGGACACUAUGGUCCUGAACCCUUCGGCUUGUCAUGUUCUGUUGACUGGGCUGGGUAUCACAACUCUGUCAAUGGAGCCACUUUUCUUCUGAGCAUGUUUGUGCUGUGUACUGUGUUCCCCUGUCUGGCCAUUGUGUUGUGCUAUUCAGGAAUCGCCUGGAAACUUCACAAAGCCUAUCAAGCAAUUCAGAACAGUGAACAUCUUCCCAAGUCAAGUAACCUGGAAAAGAAAUUCACACUGAUGGCUGUUCUCAUCAGCACUGGAUUCAUUGUUUGCUGGACACCCUAUGUCGUGGUCAGUUUCUUGACAACGUUUCAGUCUAAAGACAGUUUGACGCCUGUGGCGAGCCUGCUGCCUUGCCUGUUUGCCAAGUCCUCUACUGCAUACAACCCUUUGAUUUACUACGUCUUCAGCAGGUCCUUUAGAAGGGAACUUAAAAAGAUGAAAUGUUGUGGCUUCCGAGUCCAUCUCUCCACGGCUGACAUUUCUGCCUUGAGCCACUUCACAGUAGGCGGAAACUUGAGAGAUGAUGCCAAAUCUGCAUCUGCAAUAAAACGGCACCAAUAAAAGAAUCCCAGCUCAGCUCAACGGUGAGAUGACAGGUUCUUUCUAACUGCAAGAGAAUAAAGAGAUUGUUAAUAUACAUUUCAUAAUGUACACUGUUAAUGGACAUAUUCAGUAUUUAUUAUCAUCUUUAUUUUCAAUGGUCAAAAUACAUAUAUACUGUAUAUAUGUAAAAUGAAUAUAUAAAUAUGUUAAACUAUCAUAUACCUAAUACUUUAAUUGGAAUAAGGAAGAAAUGCAGUGCAAAAAUAGGACACAUUCAGCAUACAGACAAGCUUACGUGAUAUGUUAUGCAAGAUGAAAUGUGUUGAUUUCCAGAAAGAACUAAUUGCGUGUUCUCUGCUUGACUCAAGAAACCUGGCUGCAUGCUCAUGAUACUUGUGUGUCUGUAUAUGGAAUGCAUUCCAUAAUGUUUCCUUCAGUGUUCAAUACACUGAAAUACAGUACCUUAGUUACCCUCAAUUCUGGGGUGUAGGAAAUAAGUAAUAGAAGGAUAGUAAAGGAAACAUUAUUUCCUAUAUUAUUUUUUCUUUAUUAUUGUCCAUCAUCAAAAUGUUUUUAAAUACUGAAACAAAUAUACAAUUACUAUUCUCUUAUGUCAUCAAUGUUUCCUCUUCAAUGUCAGUAAUUGUACUUGCAUGAUAAAAAUGGAUUGAUGUCAUUAACUUCCAGCUGCAUGGAGAACAUUUUCCAUAAAAAAGUAAAUAGUUUGAACAGUUCUAGGGAAAGCAGCAUGUCCAAGUGAGGGUGGCUGUAAAACUGUGGGCUCUCAUUUAGGUUGCUUUAUACUAUAUACAUGCGGAACAGGAUAGGCAGUUGUGACAACAGCAGUGUAAUACAGGCCCAUGAAGGUAUUUCUCUUUAAUUCUAAGCUUUUGAUUUUAAACAUUUUGUUUUGUAAAGCAAUAAUGUCUCACCUAGCAGUUUAUAUUUUUGCGAUAUUGCAGUAUUCUAAUUUACAGUGUCAACUGGUUGUGAAAAGGGGUGAGAUAAAAGCACAUGCCAAAAAGUUAUUGAAAUAAAACAGAUUAUGUAUAUACUGCAAUGUUGUAAGGGACAUUGAAGGGCAUUAUUUUUCCCAAAGACUCUUGGAAUUUUUUAAGCUUCCCCUUACCUAAGAUGGCGGACUGGAUGAGCAGCUCACAAUAGACUGGACAUCAUCUGUUACUGGAGCAGCCUUCAGCUGUGCACCGUGCUCCAGGCCAGAUGAAUAGAGCAUCAAAUCUGGAAAGGAGGGAGGCAAAUGGGAGAAGAAGUUGGAGCAGGAGCAGCACAAGACCUCUACCUGCGCAGACCGAUACACUACUGAACUGGCCUCUGGGCUGAAGAUUCAAGCUAUACCAGCUACAAUUGCAGUCUCUGGGCUAAGAUCAGCUCUGAUCAGCCCUGUAGGCUGCUAGCUAAGUCUUUGACUACUCUGUUACUGUGCUUGAUAUAUAUUGGUAUUGUACAUAGUUCCAGUCAAUAAAGAACA